UCACCAUAUGCCUUGCAGGAAAAGCAGAAGGAGAAAAAACAUAAGAAAGAUAAGAGGGACAAAGAGAAGAGGGAAAGCAAGGAAAAGAGAGAGAAAGAAGGAAGGGAUGGAAAGCAUAAGGAAAAGAAGGACAAAAAGGAAAAGCACAAAGAGAAAAAGAAAGAUAAGGACAAGGACAAGGAUAAGAGAAAAGAUAGAGAUAAAAGUAAAAUCAAUACUGCUGAUGACAAAGGGAUUCCAAGACAAGCUGAAGGUCCCAAUGCAAGUAAACUCCAUCAAAAGGAAAUUAAGCAAGAUGAAAAGAAGGGUGUCUUGUUUGAGAACAGACUCACCAAACAGUAUACUGGUAACAAUGGGGAGAAGGCAAGAGAGAAAAAUCAUCUGGUUGAGGAGAACAAGGAUUCAAAGUUCCUCUUGGAGUUUGACCGGAGGAUUAGGGAUGGUGAUGGAGGAGCUAGCAAUCAAUUGGUUCAUAAGUUUACAAAUACAGACCAUAGAAAAGAUGAGGCGAGUGUUAGGUUGGUGGCUAGAGGUGGUGGCACCUGGCCCGAUGGAAAUGAAAAACUCAAGGAUAGGGGUCCUGAUGCUAAGAAGAUUGAUGGAAGAGGAUUACAGGCUGAGGGCAGACCUAUUGGAAAUGCACCAGUUCAGAAUCAUACUGGAAAUCUUCAUCCUAGAGUUGAUGGAAUACCCAAACUUUUGGGUAAGUAUUUUGAAAGGAAUUUGGAAGCAACAAUUGAAGGUAAAGAAAAGGUCAAGGAAAAGAAAGAUGAACAAAAAGAAAAGACCAAGGAAAAGGCAGAAAGAAAGGUUAAGGAAAAGAAAGAUGAAGGAAAGGAAAAAGUUAAGGAAAAAAAAGAUGAGAAACGGAGAGAUAAGAAGAAAGAUAAAGAGAAGGAGAAGAAAGGGCAUGGGAAGGACAAAGACAGGGAUAAAGAGAAGAAAAAGGAGGAGAAAGCUAAGGAACAUAGUGAACUUAAAACAACAGAGCUAAAUAAAUUAAUGGAAAGCAACAAAAUUGGACUUGUAGAUUCAAAUUCUUUGACACAGCUUUCCAAGAACAACCACGAGAAUGCUGUUAGUGGGGAAAAUCUCAAGAAACGAAAGGACUGUGAGUCAAAUGGAGUUCCACAUGCCAAUGACAAUAGGCCCAAUAAGCUUCCAAAGUUGUCUUCCACUCAUCCAUUCACUGAAAAUGGAAAGAUAUUAGAACCUUGCCAAAUUUCCAUUCCAAAUGCUUCAGUUAGAUCAGGAGUAGCCGCCGGUGUUAAGGUAGAAAAGAAAGAGUGCAAGAUAAAUGGUUUCAUUGAAGCUCAGCCAUUUGCAGCUUCUUCAAACAAGAUUCACACUGCUACUGUGCCAGCUGAUUUGGUAACUGAAUCAUCUGCAAAGCCACCCCAUCCUGAUACCAAGUACCUAAGCCAGGUCUAUUCAGUACCUAAGGUGCAGCAUUGGUCUGAUUUUGAUGAUCAAGAGUGGCUAUUUGGCAGCAAUGUUUCACAAGAACAAAAAUCUGUGUUGAAAUCUUCAGAGGUUGGAGAGACACCGCAGGUAUGGGCAGAAGCUCUGCACAUAGAACCAGCAGAUGUUUUUGCUCUUCCAUAUGUCAUUCCAUACUGAUUGAUUAUUUAAUCGUCACACGAAACUUCAAUCAAUUAUAUGUGCACAAGGAAACCUCCUUUGACACUCCGCGCUGGCAGAACUGCUGCACGGGGUAGGCGGAAAAUGAUUCCAAAUUUCUUGAUGCAUUCUUUUGUUACUUGCACACUGACAGCAAGUGUGAGUGACUGGAUUAGUGCGUUGAUCGUAAACUGUUUGGAUGGUGACUUGUGCAUGACUGAUUAUUUACUGUUCAGAAUUGGAGAACAUCUGUCACAAGCUGUUGCAUGCUAGGAGCAUUGCAUUGCAGAACAUGCUGGAGGUGCAGUUCUCAUCUUGUGCAUCAUAGUUAUUCAUUUAUAACACUGAUACUUUGUACAGGUUGUGGAGAAAGGAAGGGGAGAGGUACAAGCUUGUGCAACUUGUUUUUUCUAUUUUUGCCUGAGAGCUGAGAUGCUCUUUCUAAUUGAGAAU